AUGAGCUUGCUGGAGAUACGUGAUCCAACCAACUCUAGAGGCUUCUUGAUUGCAGAUGAAAAGAUGCAAGGAGCUGUUUUUGAUCUACCAGAGGACAUCACCAAAGAGCUACUAGAGAAAGAAAUGCCAGAAGGAAACAGUGUAUCCAUGAUUACAAAUACGAUGGGCUAUCUAGUGAUAACUAUGGACGGUUAUCUAGCAGAGACAGGAUGCCUAGAGGCGGAGGAGGGGGCUCUAGAGGGUCAAGAUUUGGAGGCUGAGGUGGCUCUUCCCGAGGAUGUGAUAGUUGGGGAGGUGAUGAUAACAGAAGAGGUAGAAGCAGUGGUGGUGGAGGAAGUAGCUGGUCACGUGGUGGUGGUGGUGGUUCCAGAGGAAGUUCUGAUGAUUGGUUGA